AUGGUUCAGAUUUCCAGAGAAAUUGAUGUUUCCAAGGAAGCUCUCAUACAAAUUACAUCAAGACUAAGAGCUAACGCUUUUGACAUGGAAGGUGCUAUUUCUGCAUUAAUGCGGUCUUGCCUUGUGUUCCUGCAGCACCAGAUGCUGGUGAUAGAUUGGACUAUGAUAGAAGAGAUACCAGAAGACCUGAAUGCGGGAAUCAUUAUCCUGGUUGUUAUGGCUCAAGUUGGUCUGCUGAAGGUUAUUCACCUCAUGGUGCGCGGGUUAGUGCUGGUAGUAAUACUCAAUAUGGAGUCUAUGGAGGUUAUGCAUUUGGACGCAGUGGCAGUUCUGGGUUAUCCAACCAUUCCUCUACCCAUCAACAUUAUUAGGCUACUGGUGGAUGAUUAA